GAAAGAAGGUGAAGCACAGCUCAGAUACAAUGGACAACAUAAUCUUUGCAGAGCGGGAAAAUGCUUGUCUUCACGGACCAACACUAAAGAUGCGACAGCGGCUUCAGUCUGCUCCAGAGAAACUCCUGAAGUCUCCAAUGACUGCCAAAACCUUAUUGACUCCUCUGCCAUCUGGUCGUAAGGCUUUGGGAAUAGUCAACAAACAAAUCUCCACCCCUGCCAUCAAUGUACAAGAGAAGAAACUCCUAAAACCACAGGAAACCAAAGUCAGACAUGCUGCUCAAAACAAAGUGGAGGAAUAUCCAGAAAUUGAGAAGCUCAUUCCUUAUGACCCACUAGAGUUUCAGAGGUACAGCAUACCUGAGGAUUUGAUUCCUCUCAGUAGUUUUGCUCUGCCUGGACUGGCUUGUUUCCCACAAGCUCCACCUUGCUGUGAGGAGGACCUGGAAAUGUUAGAACCACUCCCAGACACAUCACCUGUAAAGAUGCCAAGACACUCAGAUUAUUGCUCGGAGCUGGACGCCUUUCUUCAAACACUGGAUGAGCUGACGAUUGACCUUCCUCCAGAAUCUGUUACUGACUGAA